AUGCCGUCCAGUGGCAUCGCUGCUGUAGUCUUACCAUCAAAUGUAGGCGCCGAGGGCGGCAGUGUUGGACGACGAGUAUUAGCCUCGCGCCCUAAUGGAUCGAUCAUCAAAUCUAUGGAAUCAUCUAAGAUAAAUGAUGAUGAAAAUUUGCAAAUAAAAUAUGAUAUAAUACUUCAAUUUUUACAUGAACAUAAUAUUUCCUGGUCAAUUAAAUUAUAUGAUAAUACACUCUAUAUAGAAUUUCCUAAAGAAGUAUCCGAAGGAUCAAAAGAAAAAUUAGUUAGUCUUCUUGAAUUUGCUGAUGAUAUAUUACAUUGUAAAAAUAUUAUUAUAUAUUUUGAUAAAACACGUUCUGAUCGAGCAAUGGUAGUAAAAACAUUUAUGUUUCUUGGUUUUCAUAUAUUAUCACCUGACAAUACAUUAUUGCAAACUAUUGAUAAACAAUCGGAUCAAUUAUAUAUGAUUUAUUUUAUUGACAAUGAUGAAUAA